AUGGCAUCACCUUUCAACUCGCGUGAGGGCAUAGCCAUACAAACAAGUGGACUCAACAAUCCACCAAAUCCGACGACGGCAGCAGUUGAACGGGAUGAAGAUGACAUAUCCCUUACCUCGACGGUAGAGAGUGUAUUCCAAGAUGAAUACGAGGUCGAAACCAUCCAUGCACAAGACAUAAUCAACGGCCAAAAAGUGUACCUGGUUAAGUGGAAAGGCUACGAAGAUCUACGUUGCACAUGGGAGCCGAGAAACUCGUUCAAUACCACAGAAAUACUACAAGAGUGGAAGAACAAGAAACAGCAGAUACGACGAGGAACAAGACAGCCAUUCGAUGUUGAAGCGUGGCAGGCUGAAAUUGAAGCUUUUGAGAAUGCUCGUGAAGAUCGGAAGCGUCGACGAAGGGCGAAACGAGCCAGGCUGGGCUUGCUGGGUUCUGAUGAUCAUGACCAAGAAGCAACUGCUGUGCCGACUGCCGCCGCGCCAAUCGCAGAUGUGGAAAUGACAGUUCCUCCCCAAGCUCCCUUAGAGACAUCUUCAGAUGAUGAGAUGCCUCUUAUUCAUAGAAAAGGCCUGGAGCAGAACAAAAGUCCCUCAAUUACCGACAGUGUUCAGUCAAAAUCGCCAAGUCAACCUCGAAGCACGCCUCCCACUCUUCCAACCAAUGAACCUACUGUUCAACCUACACCGGCAGGCCCUAUCAAUCAAACGGCUCACCGAACAGAGAGACCAAAAGCACUACCUCCCAAGCCUGUGGAUAUCAAAGUGGUAGACGGUCGUAUCGAAAGAAGAGAUCUUGCCGGGGUAUUGAACCGUGCGCGGCAGCAGCCCAAGAAUCCAACAGAGAAAAGCAAACCGUGGAAACUAUUUCAAACCACGCACAGAUUCGAAAAGGCUUCUCAGCAAGAUCCAGAACCCAACAGAAACGACCUGGAACUACAAAGUCCCAGUACAUGGUCACCAUUUCAAAUGUCCUCGUCUCUCAGAAAACGUCAACAAAAAGAGGACAAUAGUCUCUUUGUCGAGCAAGAUGAAAUACCAGAGACUCAGCAGACUUCUCUGCCUCAGACCCCAGCUGCGUCAAUUGUUACUCCCGUGCUUCCUUCUAAGCGAUUAAGCGCGGUAGAGCAGCCCUCCGCUAUACCUUCAAGCACCAUACCCCAAAACGAUUACACGCAAGAAGUGAGAGGAAGCCCAUCAACUGAGAGCUCGGAUCAUUACGUACCUAAAGGUCCGAAGGGCUGGAAACCACUCAUGGGAGAAAAACGCAAACUGCGCAAGAAAGAAGACAUGCUCUGUCAGAUAUCAUAUGGCACCGAACCCGUUGAGAUAGGCGAUGCUUUACUCUGUGACUUAUCGACCGAUACUCGAGAGAUGGUCAACAAGCUAAAGUACAAGGAUGAGCUCAAAGUUCGUUUCGAAGAAAUAUGCACUCUAGAUCGUUUUCAAUCGUUGGCUCAUGAGACAAGGAAAGAAAUUAGUUUUAAUGGCUAUAUCCUUCCUUAUCCCGAUACACAAUCUGCGUUAUUUGGUCUGGAGCAUCUGCUUCUGAAAAAGGACCUCGUUGCGAUAGCCAGAAUCAGCCCAUACUCAUCUGAUCCGGUUCGUGGGUUGACAUUUGUCUGUUAUCCAAAUCACCCUCGAUCCAAGAGUUUUCAGCUCCUCAACAGACAAGGUUAUUCUGCACAAAAGGGCUCUCUAUGCUUCGCAGGUAUCAAAGAGGUACUCCCACGACAUCCACGAGAAAUCGCGUUCCCCAAGGACGAUUCCAUGACGAGAAGCUCAUUGGAAAGACCAGAGCGACAGGGCCGAUAUGAAGAAUUUAUCAAGAUGAGAAGCGAAGGGUUAGAUACGUGGCGCCUUCCAUCUCAAUCUAUUCCUUCUACGCCGCGACGUGAUGAUUCGUUCUCGAGAGUCAAAGGCCGAGCUCUACAAGCCCAGGAUCCUCGAUUAGAAGUCUCAACUACUCGCAGCGAUCAAGCACCUGGAGCGUCUCGAAUUGCUCAGUCAAGUGCCGUGUUGAAUACUGCUGUUGCCGUACACGACGAAACAAACGCCACAUAUUCCAACGCCAUGGACACCUCGUCUGACUCUAGCGAAGAGAUUGAUAUCAUCACGGGAACAGAAGCUCCUAUCUCAAAAGAAAUCGAUGUCCCGUCACCCGCACCUGUGACGUCGAAUGAGCAAUAUACUGAUCGAGUCAUUCCAGAGACGCAGGAUGUGCAGAUGCUUGACGUUAGCAAUGCAGAAAACAUUGACCUCAAAGAAUAUUUGACAAAGGCAUUCUUAAACAAUUUCAAGAUCACAUACGACGAUAUGGCCGCUGUUACCAGUCAUUCAAGCAUCAAACUCGCGAAUUGCUUCUACCUAUGGUUCCCCGAAGAUGCCGACGCAGACUUCCAGGUUCUGGAAAAUUUCCUCGAUAAACAUGACGCAAUUGUACUUUCUAAUCGCAAACAAAACGACUGGGAGAAGUUUACGAAAUCUUCUACAGGAGUUGCGUUGUUCCACCAUAGUUUCCUUCGUUUUAGCGAAAUGCCUGGCUUCCACAAACUCACCAUGAGCUCCUCUUUCAACUUCUGGACCGUGUCACUCGCAACUGUCAUCCCAAACGUUGAGCCACAGACACACUUCCAACGAAUCUUUCCUCACGGAACCGGUUAUCUCAUGACGGAGGACUUCAUGCUACAUGAAAGAGAUGCAGCGAUCAUAGUUCUAGCUUGGUUUAGGGACAUAGUUUCGACCAAAUUUCCCGGUACGCUGAAAAUGAUGUUUCGUCCGAAUGUGUUGAAGUGGUUGGAUCGCAUGUCCAAGGAGGAUCCUCGGUUUGCUAUAAUGGCUGUCCUCAUCGGCGACACCGCAUGUCACGGCGACGCAUCAAAUUGGCCAGUUGAAGCCCGCGACCUCGACUGUUUCCAUAACCCAUCUCUCGAAAGCCCCGUCAUCUCUCUAGCCAAACUACCCAGUGCUGGGCCUGCAGAUACUUCUUCAGUUGCAAAAGCGAGUGCAGAGCAAUCAAAAGACACAGAUCUUUUGUGCGAGGUCUUCGCAGCCUGGGCCAUUCUUAACGCAGCGUCUCUCCGCAAAUUUCUGAUUCUCACACACAACAAGCCUAUGGAUCGUUGGCAGGCAUGGCAACACGUCAGUCCUCUCCCUCCUUUUCAUAAAAUUCUCGGCUAG